AUGAAACCUACGUUCUUCCUCCUCACGACCCUCAGCGCUUUGGUAGUCGCUGUUCCAGUCCACGCCUCAAGCCCCCUUCCUCCCCUCCCCACAGCCUUCUUCCCUGACCAUGGCUUUGGCUCCGGCUCCGGCCAAAUGGUAGACAACAUGCUUCCCGACAACAACCUCCCAGAUGGCGGCACCGGUUCCUCUUUUCCUCGGAAAAUCGGCAAACGCGCCCUUGCCAACGCAGUUCCUGAUAAACACGACUCGUCUACGUACUACGACGCAGCCGCCGAGAAAGAAGCAGAAGAGCUGGCUCUCGUACUAGACGCUGCGAGCGACAACGUGGCGGAAGAUGAGAGUGCCGACACCAACGUCAACGUGAAGAGGGGACAGGGAAUGGAAAGCAAAAGUGUGGAGGGCUGUAAGAGGAAGUCUAAGCCGGCAGAGUGUGUGAAGUGCGAGAAGGAGUGGGAGAUGCACGUGUCGUGUUUAUGCGAGAAGAACGUUAGUAUAGAUACGUGCGUACAGAGUAAGAUUGAGAAUUAUGACGCUUGCGCGAAGAAGGAGUGCCCAUAA